GGCCCGGAAAAAGCCGGCUGAAGUCUUGUAUAGAGAUCCUGGCCCCAGUCCUUAUAUGGGCAGCCGGAAGCGGCUAGCGCGCAUGCCCUACGUCAUUACUUCCAAAUAUAGUUGUGGAAGUCUGGCAGAUCUAGUGGCGGGAAGGUUCGCGCACCAGUGCGGGGGUGUGUGUGUGUGUGUGGCGGGGGAAGCCUCCCCUUAAAGGGCCCGCACCACGAGUGAAUGGAGCUGUUCGAACAAUUCUGCAUUUUCUGAGGAACUGGAAUUAGGUUUUCUUGGAACUGUAGUGCGUAGCGGAAGGUGGGGCCGAUGUUUUCUAUCUAUCUGCUCUAUCAGUGCGUGGCUCAGUUUCUAGGUCCUAUCCCAACUCCGCCUCCCGGGAAGCAGAGGCGGAGAACGUCUGCGUCGUUUGGGGGACCGCAGCCACAUGUUCACUCGGGCUGUGUUGCGGCCGGGUCCUCCGCCUUACGAGCUCCACGCCCAUCGUGGAUUUCGUGCCAACGGAAACUGGGGUGGCGGAGGGGGGAUGCUCAAAGAGGAGCGCAGAGAUGGCAGCCUGGGCUGCGCUUGUGUCUGCAGACGUCCGCCGCCCGUGUAGUGGGCAACUUUGCCCUAGAGCCAGCCAGCGUGUCCCGCUUUCUUAACUGCUUCCAAACGAGGGGAGUGACGGGGGCUGGCGGACGCUGGAGAGACAGGAGAGCUUCAGGUUCCAGUGGUCCCCUUUCACCGCCGUGGCUCAUUUAUUCGUUUAGCAAAUAUUGGACGAGUCAUUCUGCCUCGGUUUCCUCACCUGAAGAAAUAAGAUAUAACUACCCUCCGCGGAGUGGAGGUGAGAGAUCAAUGAGAUGUUUGUGAAAGGAAAGCCUUUAGCGCCUGGCACGUAGUAAGAGCUUAGUAAGUGUAAGCAUCGUUAUUGAUUAAAAAAAACAAAAACAAGACAUUAAUUAGGCGCCUGGUAGAUGCUAGGCACAGUUCCCACGGGGGAUCAAACAAGACAUUAAUUAGGCGCCUGGUAGAUGCUAGGCACAGUUCCCACGGGGGAUGUAUCAGUUAGAACCCAAGUCUUCCCGGGUGCGAAGGGAAACGUGCUGCCUACGACCCGCAGGGGUCUCCAGAUGCAACCCUUGGGUGGACCCUGAGCCCCACCCACGGCGCCUGUCCCCUGGGCCCGCGCGCGGGUGCAGUGGGGGGCCCUGAAGAAGCAGACCACCCCGAGAGCUCAGCUUGGGCUGGGGAACGCUCCUCCUCACACGGGUUCGAGUCCCUUUUCUUUGCUCGGUAAAUUCCACCCUGUCGCUUUAAGGAGUCUUUCGCCUCAGAGCUGUGGAAAGCCCGGAUGCGACUUUCUGAUUGGGCGGGGCGUCUCAGUGACUUCACUUGAGGUACAAAAGGGCCCGGGUGGCGGGCGCCGGGGUAGAGCGUCCUGGCAGCGUCUCGGCGUGGGUUGGCUUGUACAGAGAGGCGUGAACGAGCGCCUUGUCCAGUGUGCACCUGCCACCUGCCCUGCCCAGCCGCGUGUCCCCGCCGCCUUUGCCCCUCAGUCAAGCAGCUAUGGAAGUGCAGAAGGAGGCGCAACGCAUCAUGACCCUGUCGGUGUGGAAGAUGUACCAUUCGCGCAUGCAGCGCGGUGGCCUGCGGCUGCACCGGAGUCUGCAGCUGUCGCUGGUCAUGCGCAGCGCCCGGGAGCUCUACCUCUCGGCCAAGGUGGAAGCCCAGGAGCCCGAGGUGCCCUUGCCGCCCGCCCGCUCCCCUGACCCUUGCCUGCACCCGCCGCGGGAAGCGGAAGCCGCAGCAGAGGUAGCGCCCUGCGACGGUGAGCAGCCCUCUCCGGAACCCAUGGACACGCAGGAGACACCAAGAGCGGAGGAGACCCCUGCCCGCAGUGCCCAGCGCCCCGCCAAAGUCAGCCGCAAGCGGCGGAGCUGCAGCCUGAGCGACGGUGGGGACGCUGCACUGGUCCCGAGUAAGAAAGCCCGCCUAGAAGAAGAGGAGGAGGAGGAAAGGCACUCUUCGGACGUCCUUGAUCGCCUGCAGCCCCCUCCGGCGCAAGCGGAGGGCGCAUUCCCCAACCUGGCGCGUGUCCUGCAGAGGCGCUUCUCCGGCCUCCUGAACUGCAGCCCCGCCGCGCCCCCGACGGCGCCGCCGGCGUGCGAGGCGAAGCCGGCUUGCCGCCCGGCGGACAAUAUGCUGAACGUGCUGGUGCGGGCCGUGGUGGCCUUCUGAGGGUCCGUGAGCGGCGCUACCAGAGCCCAGAGCGCGGGCCGAACCGUCGGCCAGAGUGAGCAGACCCAAGGCGAGGCCCACCCCCGGGGGAGCGCCCGUGGAAACCGUGGAGAGGGGCAGCCGCCCUGGCUGCCGAGAUGCCCUGAGAGGGACUCUACCCACGGGGUGCCGUCGCCACCUGUGUGCAGCGGCGACACCAAGAAACCUGAGCCGGGGGCGCGGGCGUCUUCCCCCAGACCUGCCGCGCCCACAGGUGCUGUCUUAACGGACUGGGAUAUGGACCUUACGCUCUCCUUCUGGGACUUGGAGAAGGGAGCUUUGGUUCUUUAAACUCCUCAGGGUCGUACUUUAUUUUUUACUGGGGGCUGUGCUGCCCUUUCAAGGUUUUUCAAUAGUUGGUGUUUGCGUUUCCAACCUCAGAGAAUUCCAGGCACUUCCCUUCCCCCUCCAGUGACAUACUUGUGCAAGCGGUCAUCGUUGCGUCAUGGGCAGACGUGGGGAGCUUCCUGUUGUCUUGCGUGGGUGUGAGGCCUGGGAGGAGGAUCUGGGGUGUGGACGCCCAGGGGAAUGGGAGGAGGGCGGCCUGAGUCACUUCGCCUCCGCGUGGUGUGGGUUAUUGCCCCGAGCCCCUACGCCUUCGGGGGCAGAGGGCAGAUCAAAUUUCAGGUUAAAAUUUUUCUCAUCUGGUGUGUGAGAGGUGGGAAUAUGUUGACAGUCUCAAGCUUGAGCCUCCCUCAGACCUACAGACACAAUCAACCCAGACGUUCCUGGUAUGAAUCACGGAAAUGGGGGGAGGGGGUUGUUCAGAGCGCUGUAAAGCUGAGCUGGGAUCAGUUGCUGGUGAGACUGGGCCAGUUUUGGGGGAGGGGGGGUUCUGUUUACCUUUACUGUGGUGGAUUCUGUUAACUCCAUCUGUCUGGCCUUUUUGCUAGAAAUGCCAGAUAGGAAAAUAAAGACCAUUUGAAGAAAAA